AAGUGUAACGUUUUGCAAACCUUAAAUACCGUACUACUGAUGAGUCAGAAAAUUCGAAAAACAUUAAACUCCGUAACACAAAGAAGGUUCUAGUAAUUGUCGUACACUCUUUGUUCGUGAACUUUGAAACAGUUGUGGAGGGAUCAUCCACUAAAAUCUACACCUCACUUCUUUAUUCUAUCUACUAAUACUCACUGUUCAUCCUAACUCUUUUCCUUAAACGCUCACUUUUCAAUCUCCCAUCCAUUUUUCUCUUUCUCUUUUCAUCUCAAUGCUUCCCUGGGGCUCAGAAAAUGCUACAACAUUCAUCAAAGGGUGAAGAUAUUGUCCAGUGAGGAGGUAAAUCUUGAAGAGUCAGUGUAGUUUUUUUCAUUUCAGUGCUUGAUUUUGAUAUCAUCAUAUAUGGCUGUUCUUAUUACACCUGUAAGUUCGAAAUUCGGAGCAAAGUAUCGGGCUCUAGCUCCUUAUAAAGUUGUAAGGGGUUUAAUGUGUUUACUGGUGCUGGUUUCAUCAGCAUUUGUAACAUUGGUGUUCUUUGGGUUUAUUACUUCUGUUAUAGUGAGAUUCUUUAGCAUCGGUUACAGCAGGAGAACGACGUCGUUUUUCUUUGGUGCUUGGCUAACUUUGUGGCCUUUUCUAUUUGAGAAAAUCAACAAGACUAAAGUUGUGUUCUCGGGAGAUAUUGUUCCGUCGAGAGAACGGAUCUUACUGAUUGCGAAUCACAGAACGGAAGUCGAUUGGAUGUAUUUAUGGGACCUUGCAUUGCGGAAGGGAUGCAUUGGAUACAUUAAGUAUGUACUUAAGAGCAGUUUGAUGAAACUUCCGAUUUUCGGUUGGGCAUUUCAUAUAUUGGAGUUCAUCCCGGUGGAAAGGAAGUGGGAAGCUGAUGAGUCGACUAUGCGUCAAAUGCUUUCGACAUUCAAGGAUCCGCAGGAUCCCCUCUGGCUUGCUAUUUUCCCCGAGGGAACUGAUUUUACUGAACAGAAGUGCCUUCGAAGUCAAAAAUAUGCUGCCGAACAAGGGUUACCGAUUCUGAAAAACGUUUUACUGCCAAAAACCAAGGGCUUUUGUACCUGUUUGCAAGAGUUGAGGGGCUCUCUAAUUGCAGUUUACGAUGUUACCAUUGGCUACAAACACCGCUGCCCGUCUUUCUUGGACAAUGUCUUUGGGGUGGAUCCAUCCGAAGUUCAUAUCCAUAUCUGCCGCGUUCCCAUCGAACGUAUCCCAACAUCCGAAGAUGAAAUGUCGACGUGGCUGAUGGACAGAUUCCGGUUUAAGGACAAGUUGCUUUACAAUUUUCAAUUUCAAGGUAAGUUUCCUGAUCAAGCAAAAGAGACGGACCUCCCUGCUGUGAAGACCAUUUUGAGUUGUAUGAUAGUUAUUCUAUGGACUGGCUUAUGCAUGUACUACAUUUUUUCCUGUUUCUGGUUUAAACUUUACGUGUCUGUAGUCUGUGCUUAUUUGGUUCCGGCUACGUAUUUCAACAUUCGGCCGCAACCUAUUCUUGGUCUUUUUAAGAUGUGAUAUAAGAAUUGCUACAUCAAUCUCAAAUACUUGAAUAUAUUGUGAGUUCGAUAUUCAUGUAUGUUUUUAGUUGUAAUAUUAACAUUGUUAGAUUGGUUUCGGAGAUCGAUUACUCAGCCAUGUUGUUGAAAUGAAGUAUUCUGUUUUUGACA